GCGGGAAAAUUACUAGCAUAUCGAAGGUUAAUAGCCCGCCUGCGCCACAAACCCAAAAAUGCAAGUCUGUAGCAGAACCUUAUUAUAAUUUUAUUAGUCGUGUAAAUUUCUAUAGAUUUGCCAAAAAAAAAUGUUUGCCACACCCACUCUAACGCCGUAAAGCCGCCGAACCGGUUACGCCCACACUUUCCAACAAUUUUUAAAUUUUUUCAUUUUAUUCCCCACUAUCUAUCGAUAUCCCAGAAAAUGUGUAAACGAGAAAUUUCAAUAUUUUUGGGAAUAUUGGUAGAAAUGGGAAACAAAAUAAUAAAAUAAAAAAUAAAUUAAAAUAUUAGUCAAAAGUGUGGGCAUAGGCAUAACAGUGGUUUGUGGCAGUUAGAGUGCGCGAGACCAAAUAUUUUUUUGGCAAGCCGAGAGAAGUUUACAUGACUUAUUAAAUAUAAUAAGACACGUUCGUAAGAUCGAGACGUACAUACGGACAGACGGACGAACACGGCCUGAUCGACUCGAAACUUGGUCCUGAUCAGAAAUAUAUAUACUUUAUAAGUUUGGAAACGCUUCCUUCUACCUGUUACAUACUAUUCAUUCACAUACAUUUCAUAGUACAACCCUUUACGCAACGAGUGCGUAUAACACAAAGUUACCAUAUCUGAGUUGUGUACAAAUACUGCAUCUCGGGAACCAUUAAAGAGACAUUUGAAGUCAAAAAGUGUCCAACUGAAAACUUUUGACUUGGCCCGACUAAAGCAAAAUAAUACAAGGUCAAGUCAUGCAGGCAGGGCGCUUUAUAUUAUAAUUUUAAAUGAAAAUGGAUUAGUCAUCAUCGGUAACUGCUUCUCUGUUUUUCUUUCUUUUAAAUUAAAUUACGUGGACUGUAAAUGUCCAGUCUAAAAUUAUGUUUUUACCAAAUAUACAACCUACAUAAUUAGUAAAUUCGAUUCGGAAAGUCCAAAAUGUUUAGGUAUUUUAUUUGAACAGAAAAUAUAGUGCAUUAAUGGUAAAAACUAUUCAUUUAAAUAAAAGCUGUGUUCGAAAUAAUCGAACUUCCACUUUUGUUCUUGUAAACAAUAUCCGCACGUUUCUCGAAAAGUGGGUGUGCAUCGUGCCGAGCCACAGAAAAGCACGAUACACUACCUUCGAUUAAGUUCGUUGGGAUUUGAAUUUCGUUCACAGUCCAAGUUUGGACCAUGCUAUGAGCAGAUAAUUAUCCGAUCACUCAAUUAACGGCUCGCACUUCAUGCACCCUGUGACGUCAUCAGUACUUUACUAUUCCGGUGCCUAUAUAGUCUAUUUCGUUAAAUUUCGUACACCCUACAUUUCGAUACGAUUUGAUUUUCGUUUGGAAAUUGUCUGAAGGUAAACAAGCAUAAAUUGAACGCUCAAGCGUAAACAAAGCGGUUUUCGGAGCAAAAUACAAAUAUCGUCAGUUGAGAAAGUCUCUCAAAUGGCGCAGUUCUACAUUUUUGGAGUCCUCCUCAUUCUUUCUGGCUUGCACUGCUCGUGGGGAUUCCACGAAGAGACACAUUAUCCGUGUGCCUUUAUCGAUACGGCAAACAUAACGGAGAGCUACGGCUUGGAUGGCCCAUUUGUGCACAACUGGACGGUGAUUCCCCGUCACUUCGUAGCCGUGUACGACUUUGUCAUCAAGAAUGGCAUCCGCAUUCCGGCAAACAGGCAUCUCAGAGCCUGUGUCUGUAAGACCAAACCCUGUGUACGGAUUUGCUGUUUAUGGGGAGAAAUCUACGACCUGGGGAGGAGGCAGUGCUUAGUCCCUGCGGCCAGGGUGUCCAGUCUUCCCUCCCAUAGCCACAUGGAGGUGGAGUUGGGCAACGGCAGUCUGCGGCUGGUGAAACUGCAACCCCGCUUUAGCAUCCACGUGGAAACACCGUGUGAGCACAUGAAAGCCGUAACCAAGGGAUCGGAGUACGUUCACUGGACACUUCAUGAGAACGGAACCAUCAGCCACCGAGGUCACAUAUUUUCUAAGCAUUACUGCUUCACUCCGCUGCUCCACGGGAACUCCACCUGGGAGUGGCAGCCAUUGGCCUGUGCACCAAAAAAACUAUAUUUCGUCUUGGGUGUGCGGGAGUGGACAUACGCUAUAUGCCUCUUGAUAGCUAUUCUAUCAAUGUUUAUCGUGCUAAUGGUCUACCUUAUGUGUUCGGAAAUGCGCAACAGUUUCUACGGUGUGGCCAUAAAGGCGUACACCAUCUGUAUGAUCUUGGGAUAUGCCCUCCUGGCAUAUCUCACGCUCCACAACCCAGCAAAUCUCUCAAAUGCGGCUUGUCGUAUUCUACCAAGUUUGGCAUUGAUGAACUUGGUGCUUUCCUUUUACAUUCUGAGCUUUAUUGCUUUUAAGCUUUACUUGAGCUUUUAUGGAGUUGUCUUCACAAAACUGAUGUUUUGGCUAAUAUUUACUCCCAUCGUACUGGUAGCCGUGGGCUGGUCUUUCUUUGUGGGUUUCAGUUAUUACGGCUCUAGGCUAAUCUUCGGAGGCGAUACAUGCUGGUUUGAUCCACGCAAUUGGUCCAUUAUGAUAUAUUUGUACGCUCCUGUUUUCGUGGCUUGCGCCAUUAGCGGUUUUUUCUAUGUCCUAAGCCAGAUCUACAUCCGUGAUCAGCCGGAUAUCGAGACGGAGAAGAGCUUCGAGUCCAUCGAGAAGAACCGCUUCAGAUCAUUUUGGAAGUACGUUGGCUACACGGCAGUCGUAUGGGUCGUUUGCAUAUGCUCCUUUGCUUUUAACUACUACUGGGAAAACAGAUCGCACCUUAACUACGCUGUAAGCUUCUGCAUGGCCUUCCACGGGUUUGCGGCCCUCUAUGCGCUGAUUGGAAAGAAUCAGCAAAUCCAAAACUUUUUGCGGCGUAUAGAUAAUGGCGAAGAUACUUGUGAAAACUCAGUUCCGCUCUCGAGUUUUGGUUAACUUUUCUUAUUGUGCCCACUGUACCGUUAGUGUAACUGGAAGCAAUUAAGUGUAUCGACAAUAUCUAAGCAAUGUUUUUAAAAUCACUUAUAAGCAUAUAGAAAAACCAUGUAUUUUAAAUGUAAAAUUUGGUAAAAUGUGUGUAAAAUAUAUUUGCAAAAUUUGAAUUCGAUCAAAAUAGUAUACUUCUACCCCUUAAACAGAAUUACAAUAAUAAAGAUACAGAAAAGAAAUAUUAUUUCUGUAAAAAAAAAAACCCGUCUGGAAUUUAUACAAUUGUUAAAUAUGAUAACAAGUCCCAACAAUCUACGAUAUUACAACAAAAUAUGGAAUAUACAUACUUAAGCCAUGUGAAAAAAAUAAUAGUUCAAGAGCACAUAACAUAUUCAUAUUCUAAACAAUUUUAGCAGUUUUCUUGAGUUUAUGCCUCCGACAAUUGCGCACUAAUCCACUUUUAUCCUUCCCCAUUCUCGAGUUGCAAAUUCCUGGACCGUGAUCAAGUGUCCCCAGUCCCAGACUUAUUCCAAGUCCCCAAUUCACCGUACCCUAUCCGCAUCGCCAAGGCUGGUGUUCCUCCCCGAUCCCUCUAUAUUAUAAAUGCGGGCCGAUUUUAGUUAACAUCAGAGGUCAAUGGCCGCGAAACAGACACAGAGAGAGAGCUUGCCAGAGCCACGAGAGCUCCAUCCUGACAGGGGGCUGUCAAAAGCAAGGAAUCAAGUGGAAAGUUGGUGGUGCUCUUUUGAAGAGGCUUCGCAAACUUUCCCCCUCUCUAUCCACAGAAAACCCCACCCGAGUCGGAGCACACAGUCCCCAAUUCAUUUUCAUGCCGAUUCGGCUUCGGGUUUUGGUCCUGCUCUUUUUUGGCUGGGCGUACAGCAGCAGGACUCGGAGUACACACUAAGAGAGGUCUAAAAAUAUAGAGACAGACAAGGAAAGCAGAUGGAUCGAUAAAAUGUAGUAAAAAUGCUCGUAGUAAUGGAAGCUGGAAAUAACAUGGCACAAACAGGCGCCAAACUGCAUCGGCAACACCAUCGCCAUCCUGACGUGCGCACUGGAAAAUCACGAGAGGUAGGACAUGUUUGGCGCGUUUUUCUUCUGCAUGUGUGCGAGUGCUUUGUUUUGUUUAGAUACGUAAUUAAAAGUGAAAAAGCCCAUAUUGACCGCGCCCGGUUUUGAAACCACCCCAUCCUUUAGACCGCAUAGAUUGUAGUAUAUAACUACUAUAUCUUCCACUACCCAUCAUAUUUAUUUCCUGGCAACAGAACCAAUAU